GUGUUCCCAUUCGUGCUGCUUACCCCGGCGCUGUCCGCUCGAUGGGUGUCCCACCGCAGCUGCGGGCCCUGCUCCUGGCUGUCAACACAUUGCUGCGCAAGCGCCGCUACCACACUGCUUUGGCAGUGCUCAAGGGCUUCCGGAACGGGGCCGUCUAUGGAGCCAAAAUCCGGGCCCCGCAUGCACUAGUUAUGACCUUUCUCUUCCGGAGUGGCAGCCUCCAGGACAAGCUGUGGGCCAUCCUUCAGAGCACGUACACGCACUCCCGGAACCUGGCCUACUUCGUGUUCACCUACAAGGGGCUCUGUGCCCUGCAGUCCCAUGUGCAGGGUAAAACCUACCAGGUACACUCAUUCCUGGCUGCCUUUAUCGGGGGCUUCCUGAUAUUUGGAGACUACAACAACAUCAACAGUCAGAUCAGCAUGUACCUGAUGUCACGCACCCUGUAUGCCCUGUGCCGCCUGGGCGUGGAGAAGGGCUACAUCCCCGAGCCCAGGUGGGACCCAUUCCCGUUGGUCACCGCGACUAUUUGGGGGCUGGUGCUGUGGCUUUUUGAGUACCACCAGUCCACGCUGCAGCCCUCACUGCAGUCCUCCAUGACCUACCUGUAUGAGGAGAGCAACGUGUGGCACGACAUCUCAGACUUCCUCAUCUACAACAAGAGGCGCUCCUCAAAGUGACAUGGCCCCAGGUGCUUAUGGGGGCUUCCACACCUGAGCAGGUGCAGGUGGUGUCCAGCUGAGGCUGGAUGUUUGGCUGUAUCUGUGAACCCUCCCAGAGGAUCCUGUCUUCUCACAAUCAUGGAUCUCAGUCUCCAGUUUUUAUUUUCCCAGGGUGACAUUUGCCAAAAUAAAAGCACUGAUUCUCAAAUCCCAUCUAGGUACUGUUGAGUGGUGGAACAAGUGCCCGCCUCAGGCUGAGGAGCCUGGGCUUGGUUCCAGCUGCGCUGCUGACUUCUGUGUGACCGGGGCAGUCACACCUCUCUGGGCCUCAGGGGUCUUCCAGCUCAGAGGAGGGCCCUGAGGGCUCUUUC